UUGUAAAAACAUAUAGUAGUAAUAAAAUAAAUUACUACUUAUCAAUGUUAUUAAUAAAUGAAAAUAAAUAGAUUUAUUUAAACAAGGCAAAUAAAGGAAUUUUGCAGGGUCAGCUUCUUGUUAAUGACGAAGUCCACCACCGACACAACAACACACAAGUAGAAUUUCUACUCUCCUUCAUCACAUAUGCUUAUAUCAUUCAACCAUUCAUCCACUGAGAUUAUCACUAUAAAAAAUUAAGUUCAAAAUUCCUGCAGAAAUGGGGGAUUUCAGAUCCAAAUCGUACAAGAACGAGCAGCUCGACAACACCUACGACUAUUACUGCACCAAUUUCGGCAACAACAAUGCCAAUUUCAAGCCAUAUUCAAACCCUAGCGGGAUGCAAGAUCUGAGGUGCUACAGCGCGUCGUGCGCCUCCUCCUCCGCGCAGAGCAACGGCCAGCUCGACAUCGUCGUGGCUGGCGGCGGAGAGCAGUGGAAGUUCAAAAAGGGGAAGUCAACGAAUGGGGCUGAUGCGAGGAGCUGGGCUCUGACUGAUCCGGAGCUACAGAGGAAGAAGAGAGUUGCUAGCUACAAGGCUUAUACGGUUGAGGGAAAAGUGAAGGGAUCGUUUAAGAAGAGUUUUAGGUGGAUCAAAGAGAGGUAUACUCUCAUGGUCUAUGGCUAUAGGUGAAUGUAUUCAUCUAUCUCUCUGUCUCUCUCUCUCUCUAAUUUUGGCCUAAUUUCGAUAUCUGUUGUAUAUCUAAACGAUUGAAUUUUACGUGACAAAAUUGAAAUUUAGGCCAACAAAAAGAUAAGCUUAUUUAAAUCAACUAGUAGCCUAAAUUUAUUUAGAUAAAAAAACGUGUUGCAAACCAGUACUCAUUUAUUAUUCAAGUUGACUGCACACAUUAAUUUAAUGUGUUUAAAUAUAUGUGGUCCUAAAAGAUGAGUUCAAAUUGACAAAUGAUAAAUAGGUGAGAGAAUAUAUUAGAUGUAUGUCACAUUCUUAUAUACUCCCUCCCUCUGUCCGCCCGCUUUAGCAGUCCCGGUUGAGUCGGGCACAUGUUUUAAGGAGUAUUUAAGUGUGUAAUAAAUAAAUGAUGUAGUGGAGGUUGGGUCCCACUUUUUCCAGCCAUGUAAUAUGCAAUUCAAACGGAGAAGAACAUACCUUCCUCACCUUGGCGUAGAAUCUUGGCAUGCUAUCUAACGUAUCAUAACAAGCCCAAAACUGAUUGACACGAAACUGGUUUUCAUCACGCAUCUUCUCAAAAUCACUAAAUUCUGGGUCAGGCUGAACGAACACACAGGCUGCAGCAGGUAUGCAAAGGGGUCCCAGUGAACUUUCUGCCAUCGAUUUCUAAAAGCUAGAAGUAUAUCAACUUUAGUAGAAAAAUAAAUCAUAUAACUACAAGACAGUAACUCUAUGAUCCUAGUAACCAAUAUUCACAAGAAUUUCAUCACAUGUAUUAAUACACUGCAACAUGCCAGCAAAUACAGUUCUUUUACCUGGAAAACGUUUCCAAAGUUUAUGUUUCAAAUCUUUUAUCUCAUGCACAACUUUCCAUGGAUUAGUGUGAUACAAUAAGCCAUUUUAGGAGGGGACCAAGAAACUUAAUACAUACUCUACUUCAUUUACAAGACCCAACAGGCAACAGGA